ACACAGACAGAUAAAGAUACAGCGUUCGCAAGUUAAGCUACACAUGUUAUUGUUGUGCCUCGGAAACCAUCCACUUUCGUAAAAGUUACACGGACGGUUCGCGCUACGGUUGCUGGACGCAGUGGACGCGCCGCAGCUUACAUGUAAGCCGUCGGGACAGAAGUUUGUUGUCUUCGCCGGUGUUGCCUGCUAGCGCCGAUGUUAGCAGCUAGCCUGUUCGUGUAAAUGCUGUUGCCUAGAAUGGACCUGUUGAACCCUCAGUACCUGGACAAGAUGAACAAUAACAUCGGGAGACUGCACUAUGGAGAUGAAUCCAGGACACCCUCGCUGCCCUCUGCUAUGUCGAACAUAAGCGGGCCACCUCCACUCUGCCCAAGCAAACGGAAGUAUGGUGAUGAACAAAAGGACCAAAUGAAUUGUGAUGAUGACCACAUGACCAAAAUGAGCAGAUUGUUUGCAACUCAUCUGGCCCGUCCUUCUGCUGGAAACAACCGCAAUGAGCACUGGAGCCUAAGCCACAGUCCUGUGGAGCACAUCAGCUCUUCCUCGAACGGUCUCCAUGGGAACCAUGCGUAUGCUUCCAUUUCUGGCUAUGCUGUGGACCAGCCUCUGGCUCUGACCAAAAGCAGCCUUGAUACCGCAGUUGGAGGCAGAGAGAGGUCCGUUGUUAAUGUGGCUGUUGAACGGCAGCAGAAUCGGCCUUCUGUCAUUACUUGUGCUCCUGCAAGCAACCGCAAUUGUAACCUCUCUCUGUGCCACAUGAAUGGCUGCUCUCCAAGCCCACCCACCGAUGCAAGGAAGAACAAUGUUUGUGAUCCUGUGAUUGAGGAGCACUUCCGCCGCAGCCUGGGAAAAAACUACAAAGAAGCAGAGCCCGUGGCCAACUCGAUGUCCAACUCUGUGUCCAUCACAGGCUCUGUGGAUGAUCACUUUGCCAAGGCGUUGGGAGAUGCCUGGAUCCAGAUCAAAGCCAAAGGUGGAGGUCAUCAGGCCCCAGAAGCGGAUCCAUGAAGCUGAGGUGAACAAACUGUAACAAACACUUGUGGGGGUCACGUUCACUAUUGUUUGUUGCCAAGUAUCAAAUCACUGCAGCCAAGAACAAUACAAGACAUGGUUGUUGCCUUAUGGACCCUAAGGUCUGCCUUUUUUCUGAGCACAUGCCUUACAACAAAACCUUAACUGGCAAAAUAUCUCUGAGUGAGAAAAUAGAAUGGUUGCUCUACACAGUGUUAGCUGUACAAUCAUAGAUGGAUUAUGUUUUUUUUCCAUUGCUAAUGAGAAAACCAGAAUAAGAAACAAUCAUCAAUGUUUACCUGUCUUGAUAGCCAAAGAAAGUUCUCCCUGCCAUUUCCAUCAGUAUGCAAGCCGUACAUUUUUUUGUUUUGGCUAAAUGCGUUCCAUUUAUAUUGCUUAAUUCUUAAACCACAUAUUUUCUGUACUACUUGAAAACAUCUGCCCUGUCUCCUCUGCAGUAUUACAGUUCUACCUCCUUACUGUAUGCUGCAGGUUUCUUCUUUUGAUUGGAACCUGUUCUUAAAAAUACAUAAUUUUCUGAAAUUGUGGUAAUGCAAUUGAGACUUGUUGUCCCCCUUGCUUUUCAAGGACACUAGAAUAAUCCCCCCUGAACUGGAUUCACUCCACUGUUAACUAAAUAAUUGUAGUUAACUGCCUAUGUGUGCUCUAUGUUGUCGUGAUCUAGCCCUAAUAGGUAGCCUUUAACUCAAAAAGCAUGUUUCAAAUAGCUGGAUUCUAUCACAAACCUUGCUCUAUACUAAAUAUUUACUCAGAAUUUAUUUUUAUCUAACAAUGUAGAAAAUACUCACUGCUGGUACAGUUCUACGCGAUAUAUUUUUUGUACCUGGUUCCCAUUAUGGCAUGGAGGUGUGCACCUUGGCAUCCUCUUCAAACCACAGCCUCUGGAAAGGUUGUCCAAAGGCAGAUUGCUAGGCAACAUUGGUAAGUUAUUCUGUGGAGCUGGAUGCUACACCUUCGCACAUGACUGAAAGCGACUAAAUGGGACCUUCUGUUAGCAUCGAAGGUAACCCUUAGGAUCCAUGGGCUUUUGUAGAAGUGAGCUUUGACUUCAUUAUGAAGCCAGCCUCCAUUGUCUACAAAGUGAAGUGAGGUGUUUUGUUUUCAACUAAGACCUUAUUUCAGUUGCAAUAUGUGUGUGUGGUGUGUAACUCACCAUGUGGCACCUGACCUGACAGAACGAUUCACCCCCUUCAGUCAGUAGCAGAUACUGUUAGAUGCUUUUGAGUGCGACUAAAAGUGAGUCUGCAUGUUACCCAGAGAAAAGAUAUGGUUCACAUGGUUUUUCUUUUUGUUGUUUCUUUAAAAAAUGUCUGCCAUAAUCAUAGUAGCUUAAUAUGUUUGCCAACACUGAUUGAUAGGGGAGUGUAAAUUCCAUAGAUAAAAAGUAUAUAUCAUGUACUGUAUGUUCAGUGACUCCCCUUACAUUUGUAUUAAUAAUCCACAUUUUUUGAGCUGUUACACGCUUUGUCUUUUAUAUUUUAUUGUACUCAUACGUGACCAUCAUUGCGCCGCGCGGAAUGAUCAUAUGUAUUUUGUUUCUAUUGCGAGUAGUGUACUUCUUUUGUAGCAUGGACGUCGCCUAUCCUCUAACCAUGCAUUUCAUCUUUGUAUACGUUGAUUAUUUUUCCCACAGUAGUGACAUGAUGAACGUGCAGGAACACAUAUGUCUUUUGCUCAAGGACCUCAGCAAAGUGUCAUACGUCUGCAAUACCGAUUGAGCGAGUCGAGGCUUUUUGUGUUAUACCACAGUGGGAUGGAGGGAGAGAAAUGACUUGUUUGACACAAGCUGAUUUUUCAGUCAUAUGUUUUGGGGUGUCAGCCCAUUGUUAUUUAAUUUCUUUAUGUAGACAGAUUGUAUAGCAAAGACUCCUUGCAGAAAAUACCUGCAUUUGUCAACCACAUAGAGGGGGAAAAUAUGUAUUUGUACACUUGGGUCCAUAUUUCUCUGGAAGAAAAUGCCACUGUUUUAUAAUUGUCUUCCAAAUAAACACAGA